AGCAUCAUCAUUAAUAUUCGCACCCCCGUGUCGGCUGCUCGCCUCCUUAUUGAUAUCGCCAUCGCCUCGCAUCGCAUCGCACGAGCGGCUUCUUGUUCCAUCGUCCCAGCGCUCCCGAAGUGUUCUUUUGCUAGGCAAGGCAAAGGCAGAAGGAAAAGGUUUCGUUGGCGAUGGCGAGCUCAGGUUUCUCGUGGACGCUGCCCGACCACCCCAAGCUCCCCAAGGGAAAGACGGUGGCCGUCGUCGUGCUGGACGGAUGGGGCGAGGCCAAAGCCGACAAGUACAACUGCAUCCAUGUCGCCCAGACGCCCGUCAUGGACUCGCUCAAGAAUGGUGCUCCAGAGAAAUGGAGACUAGUGAAGGCUCAUGGAACGGCUGUGGGUCUGCCAUCUGAUGAUGACAUGGGCAACAGUGAAGUUGGCCACAACGCUCUUGGUGCUGGUCGCAUUUUCGCUCAAGGCGCUAAGCUUGUGGAUUCUGCCCUUGCUUCUGGGAAAAUUUAUGAAGGGGAGGGGUUUAAGCACAUCAAAGAAUCUUUUGAUAAUGGUACUCUGCACCUUAUUGGGUUGUUGAGUGAUGGAGGUGUCCACUCCAGGCUUGAUCAAGUGCAGUUACUUCUGAAAGGUGCCAGUGAGAGGGGAGCAAAAAGAAUUCGUGUUCACAUUCUUACCGAUGGGCGUGAUGUUUUGGAUGGCAGCAGUGUUGGUUUCGUUGAAACAUUAGAGAGUGAUCUUUCGCAGCUCAGAGAGAAGGGUGUUGAUGCAUGCAUUGCAUCUGGUGGUGGAAGGAUGAAUGUUACCAUGGACCGUUAUGAGAAUGACUGGAAUGUGGUUAAACGCGGAUGGGAUGCUCAGGUGCUUGGAGAAGCACCCUACAAAUUCAAAAGUGCAGUUGAAGCAGUGAAAACGCUAAGAGCAGAGCCCAAUGCUAAUGAUCAGUAUUUGCCCCCAUUUGUGAUAGUUGAUGAGAGUGGCAAUGCAGUUGGACCUAUUGUUGAUGGUGACGCAGUUGUCACUUUCAACUUCCGAGCUGAUCGCAUGGUUAUGCUUGCCAAAGCACUAGAGUAUGUGGAUUUUGACAAAUUUGACCGUGUUCGUGUCCCAAAGAUCCGAUAUGCUGGGAUGCUUCAGUAUGAUGGUGAAUUGAAGCUUCCAACCUGUUACCUUGUUUCCCCACCAGAGAUAGAGAGGACAUCUGGCGAAUACUUGGUGAAAAAUGGCAUCCGUACCUUUGCUUGCAGUGAGACAGUGAAGUUUGGUCAUGUCACGUUUUUCUGGAAUGGUAACCGUUCAGGAUACUUUGAUGAAACCAAGGAAGAGUAUGUAGAAAUUCCUAGUGACAAUGGUAUCACAUUCAAUGUUAAACCCAAGAUGAAGGCGCUUGAAAUUGCGGAGAAAGCCAGGGAUGCUAUCCUCAGCGGAAAGUUCGACCAGGUACGUGUCAACCUACCAAAUAGUGACAUGGUGGGUCACACUGGUGACAUUGAGGCUACUGUUGUUGCAUGCAAGGCCGCUGAUGAAGCGGUUAAGAUUAUUUUGGAUGCUGUGGAGCAAGUUGGUGGUAUUUAUCUUGUCACUGCUGAUCAUGGAAAUGCGGAGGAUAUGGUGAAAAGAAACAAAUCUGGCCAGCCUAUGCUCGACAAGAGUGGUGGUAUCCAGAUUCUCACGUCGCAUACCCUUCAGCCGGUGCCAGUUGCUAUUGGAGGCCCCGGUCUUCACCCUGGAGUGAAAUUCCGAUCCGACAUUCAGACCCCCGGACUGGCCAACGUUGCUGCCACCGUGAUGAACCUCCAUGGCCUUGAGGCUCCUGCUGACUACGAGCCAACCCUCAUUGAAGUUGCUGACAACUAAACAUAGUCUGAAGUCAAAAUUGCAGGGUUCAAUUUUGUUGCUAUAGUUUUGAUAAUGGAUCAGGGAUGGUCAUGUCAUCGAAUAAUUCCUGUUAGCAUGCACGCUGCUCAAACUCACAAAACAUUGAUAAGUGCAUUUGACUUGCGCUUAAUGCUUUUUUUUGUAACUUGGCAUUGUGCCCGCGCUGUCUUGCGACAGUCUGUUGGCCAUUUUUACUCUGCUAUAUGUAAGGCGUAAAACUUUUGGUGACAUGAAGCAUUUGAAACUAAGAAGUAAAAAUCGGUUGAGGUGGUA